AUGAGUAUGACUCCAAUGGCUUUUGUUUCCGAGUUUAUGACUUCUGAUUUUGUUUCAGAGCGCAUGGAUUGCACGGCAUCAGAUUUUGUCUCCUCACGUUUGCCUGUGCUCGGAGUAUGUGUGAAUGACUUGUAUGCUCGUGUUGGGACCUUGACAUGUGAGCAGAUGGGGAGGCCCGUCACGAAAGCGUCGCCCUCGCAACGGCGUCGUUCACGUGCUAGACAGGUGAAGCACCGUCUCUGGUUGUCUUCCACGUCUUUGUCGUGUCAGGUGGGAGAUUUCACUGGCCUCUGUCGUGCCGAUGUCGUCGCACCUCGUUACUGUCGUAACCGCGGCCCUGCUGGGGCGGCUCCGUGGACAGGCGUGCGAGCUUCUUCGACACCAGGUGUGGGGCCUUCCUCCCCGAUGUAUGUUUCUCUUGCAACGACAGCGGGCGUUGCGACGAUUUCCCAUCAUUUUCCGGAUGUGCUUGAGAGUGAUAUUGCCGUGGUGGAGGAUGCUCGAGUGGCUAGUGUUGAUCCUGUCCCUGAUGCCGUUCCCGAUGUAUCAGUUUCGGAUGCGAGUGCCUCGGUCCAGCUAGCGGCAACGGGCGUUACGACGACUUCUCAUCAUUUUCCGAAUGUGUCGGGGAGUGGUGUUGCUGUGGAGGUGGAGGAUGCUCGAGUUACUUUUGUUGAGCCUGUGCCUGACGGCGUUCCCGAUGCGUUAGUGUCGGAUGCGAGCGCCUCAGUCAAUCUUGCGACAAUGGGCGCUACGAUGCCUUCACCGUCUUCUCCCAAUGUGUACGAGAAUGGUGCUGCCGUGGAGGCGGAAGGUGCUGAAGUGAGCGGUGCCGCUUUCACCCCUGAUGCCGUGCCCGCUGUGCCCGCUUCGGAUGCGAGUUGCUCGGUCCAUCCUCCUGCUCUUGCGAUUGACCCCCGAGCCAUGCGUAUCAAACGGUAUUGUUUCCGACGAGAGGUGCCUGUUGCGGAGACCCCGCCAGUGCUUGCAUCCACGGCGGAUCAUGUAGUUCAUUCUCUCCUGCCGCGGCCGUAUGUGGACUCAGGCGUGCUGCGUGCAUACUUGGGCUUGUUUCCGAAAGAGGACGAUGACGACUCGAGUGAUGAGGAGUCCGUGAAUGCACAGAUAAUUUGGGUUGUUGACUUCUUGGGAGCUUGGCAUCAGGGCCCCCACGAGGAGCGGGAUGCUUUCGUGCAAGCCUGGGCGGAACCCCUGGUGUAUGGUCACUUACCUGACAUGUGCCAAUGCCUACAUUACAUUUCCACUGAGGAGCGAAUCGAUAUUGCCCAUCGGCGUAAGGCCUCCGUACUUGUUCAAGCUCUCUUGGAUAUCGUGGGGCCGGUGUGGCACUCCGCGUUGUAG